AUGGAAAACCUACCCCGCCCAUUCGGCAUGACAGCGCAUUCCAUCAAAAGAGGGGAACUGGCACAUGCAGCCGCAGCGGUAAUCGAACACGAUCUCGACCCUCGCCUGCUGGCCCAGUUGGGGAAACACGCAGGCCCCCUAGAGCCACCACGCAGCACAGCUCGCUACAUAGGGCCGCGGGUCGCCCUGAUAAACAAGUCGGCACACCUGACGGCAUAUAUUCAGACGGGAUCCGCAAAUGGGCGAGGCAUUCAUGGGCUUAUCCGCAGAGAAGAAAGGAGAAGGGGCAACUUUUUCAGGGGCAUAGCUUUUUGCGACGCACCUAUCAUACGCGGGUGGCUGAUCAGAACGGCGAACGCAGGUUACCGUUACAACAGGUAG